AUGGUGAGCUUGAAUGUUGCGAACGCUUUUGCCAUUUUUAACACUAUCGAAAAUGAUGCACCGCCUACAGAACAAUACAAAAUUGGUGCUAUGGCUAAGACCAUUUCUGAUUUAAUGAAGAGUGGCAGCAAAAAUAGUAAAACUAUUUCUAGAGGUAGUGAGGGCUCUUGGGUGAUAUCGAUUAUCACAGCAUCCGCAAUGAUUUUGGGGCAUGAAUCUUAUAAUACGGAUAUAUUCAUGUAUUAUUUGUCAGAGGCAUUUUUAUACAUGUCCACGGGAAACGUAUUUGCCUAUUUCCCGUAUUCAUAUUAUCUUGAACGGUUUAACAGGCUGAUCCAAGCUCGAGAUAUCUUGAAUGAGCAGAAAAUGAUCAAUUGGAAGACACUUAUGCUGAGUCGACGUGUAGAUCAUGGCCGAGAUGCCCUUCUAAUAUUACUCAAAGCGCGCACGGAAAUAGCUCCAAAGGUAAUCAACCUUGCAUUAUCCACCUGGAAUGGAGAGAUGGUAAAGGCGUUAUUAGAGUACAAUUUGGUUAAGAUUGGCAACGAAGUGAUUCGGUUCGUGGCGGGUAACUUAAAGUAUGGAAAGGAGAUAAUGGAGAUGUUAUUAGCUCAAGAUAUGGAAAGAGAAAUGUCAGAAGCCGUGCCUGAAACUGCACUCAAAAAAUUGCUUGAAAGCGAGUGCAUAUAUACCUCGAAGGGAAAAGUUUAG